ACCACGCCUAACGGAUCUUUAAAUCUAAUCUUACAUUUAAUACUCAAUCACGCAUCGAUUGCUGGCUUUUUGAAGCUGAUAUCGCAUAUACGAAAGUACACGAGACGAGGCCGAUCCCAAAAUGGCCGACGAACAUCGUCAGCCUGAGGCAUCGUCCAAUACGGCUGCAAAUCCCUACAACCACCCGGUGGCUUCGGAGCAUACAUUGAAUUCCUUGAACUCAACCUCGACCAGUGAAACCGAUGCCUCGGCUGACGCUGACGCGAGAUGGGGUGAACGCAACCAGGGGGACCCUGUUUCCCGUCGCGGUGCGAUGGAGGAGUUCGAAGAGAUGCGAAGGGAAGUGACCAAGCUCAGUCUCCACCGGACUCGUUCAGCCAAAGAUGCUCGACGCCGCUCACGGGCCGAGGGCCGCGACGAAGAGAAGGCGCUUGAGGAUGAACAGGCUUCGUCGACGGAUGAGUACCAGGGUGGUUUUGACCUGAGCGAGUUUUUGAUGGGCGGCCAUCUGGAACGACGAACCACAGCAGGAGAGCCGGCGAAAAAGGUGGGCGUUGCCUUCAAGAAUGUCACGGUGAAAGGCGUCGAGACAGGUGCCUCCUUCGUCCGGACCCUCCCUGAUGCCGUCAUUGGAACUUUUGGUCCCGACCUGUACAAUAUUCUGUGCCGCUUCGUACCUGCCCUCCACUUCGGUAAGCGGCCUCCGGUAAGAGACCUGCUCCAUGACUUCAGUGGAGCUGUCAGGGAAGGCGAAAUGAUGCUAGUACUCGGUAGGCCUGGAGCAGGAUGUUCCACCUUCUUGAAGACGAUUGCCAAUGACCGGGGAGCCUUCGCAGGGGUUGAGGGUGAGGUCAGUUACGGUGGCCUCUCAGCGGAAGAGCAACAUAAGCAUUUCCGCGGUGAGGUGAACUACAACCAGGAAGAUGAUCAGCAUUUCCCGAACCUCACCGUCUGGCAAACGCUAAAGUUUUCAUUGAUUAACAAGACAAAGAAGCAUGACAAAGCUAGUAUCCCCAUUAUUAUCGACGCGCUCUUGAAGAUGUUCGGCAUCACCCAUACAAAGAACACUUUGGUGGGUAAUGAGUAUGUCCGUGGUGUCUCUGGCGGAGAGAGAAAACGUGUCAGUAUCGCUGAAACGCUCGCGACCAAGUCUUCCGUCGUCUGCUGGGAUAACUCCACCAGAGGACUGGAUGCCAGCACUGCUCUUGACUAUGCCAAGUCGCUCCGAAUCAUGACGGAUGUCAGCAAGCGGACUACUUUGGUUACUCUGUACCAGGCGGGUGAGAGUAUUUAUGAGCUAAUGGACAAGGUUCUGGUGAUUGAUGCGGGACGUAUGCUCUACCAAGGCCCUGCCAACGAAGCAAAGCAGUACUUUGUAGACCUCGGGUUUUAUUGCCCAGAGCAAUCCACAACUGCUGAUUUUCUCACUUCCCUGUGUGACCCGAAUGCCCGCCAGUUUCAGCCAGGCCGCGAAGCGUCGACACCAAAGACCGCUGAAGAACUCGAGGCGAUCUUCAAGCAGAGUGAAGCGUACAAGCAGAUCUGGAAUGAAGUGUGUGCGUACGAGAAGUUGCUACAGGACACUAACCAGGAAGACACUCGCCGUUUUCAGAAAACUGUGGCUCAGUCAAAGAGUAAGACGGUCUCGAAAAAGUCCCCUUACACGGUCUCCAUUGUCAGACAAGUCGCGGCUUGUGUGCAGCGAGAAUUUUGGCUCCUGUGGGGAGACAAGACCUCCCUGUACACCAAAUACUUCAUUAUUAUCUCGAACGGUCUUAUCGUCUCUUCUUUGUUCUAUGGUGAAUCAUUGGAUUCUAGCGGAGCUUUCUCGCGUGGUGGUGCCCUGUUCUUUUCGAUUUUGUUCCUCGGUUGGCUGCAGCUGACAGAACUGAUGCCUGCGGUUUCCGGGCGUGGUAUCGUCGCACGCCAUAAGGAUUAUGCCUUCUACCGUCCGUCUGCCGUGGCAAUUGCCCGAGUUGUGGUCGAUUUCCCGGCCAUCUUCUGCAUGGUUGUGCCGUUCACCAUCAUCGUCUAUUUCAUGGCAGGGCUCGAUGUGGAUGUCUCCAAGUUCUUUAUUUACUUCUUGUUUGUGUACACGACGACGUUCUGUAUCACAUCCCUGUACCGCAUGUUCGCAGCUCUAUCUCCGACUAUCGACGAUGCCGUUAGAUUUGCUGGUAUUGCUCUAAACGUGUUGAUUCUGUUCGUUGGUUAUGUCAUUCCCAAGCAAGGACUCAUUGAUGGCUCGAUCUGGUUCGGUUGGUUGUUCUACGUGAACCCGCUUUCGUACAGUUAUGAGGCGGUCCUUACGAACGAAUUUUCGAACCGACUUAUGCCAUGUGCUCCCUCGCAGCUCGUGCCUCAAGGCCCAGGUGUGGACCCAAGAUACCAAGGUUGUGCUCUCACGGGGUCCGAGCUCGGUAAGGCAGACGUUGCAGGAAGCCGGUAUCUUGAGGAAAGUUUCCAAUUCACCCGGCACCAUUUGUGGCGCAAUUUUGGUGUGGUCAUUGCUUUCACGGUCCUGUACCUCCUUGUCACUGUCAUAGCUGCUGAAGUUCUGUCAUUUGUCGGAGGCGGCGGUGGCGCGUUGGUCUUCAAGAAGUCCAAGCGUUCCACGAAACUCAGAGCGCAAAACGGCAGAGGGAACGAUGAAGAGCAAGUCCAAAAUAGAGGGGAUAAUGCGGCAUUGUCACGUGGAGAAGCGAAGUCUUCUAGCAACGGUGAAUCUAUGCAGCGCCUUUCUGCUAGCGAUCGAAUUUUCACCUGGUCGAAUGUAGAAUACACGGUGCCAUACGGAAAUGGGACAAGGAAACUCCUCAACGGCGUUAACGGUUAUGCGAAGCCCGGUCUGAUGAUCGCUUUGAUGGGUGCUUCCGGAGCAGGCAAGACCACUCUACUCAACACCUUAGCUCAGCGUCAGAAGAUGGGUGUGGUCACCGGCGACAUGCUUGUUGACGGUCAUCCUCUCGGUACCGAUUUCCAGAGAGGUACUGGUUUCUGUGAACAAAUGGAUCUCCAUGACAAUACCGCGACCAUUCGGGAGGCCCUUGAGUUCUCGGCACUUCUUCGUCAGGACAGGGACACCCCACGUCAAGAAAAGCUUGACUAUGUUAACCAGAUUAUCGACCUACUGGAGUUGGAGGAUAUCCAGGACGCUAUCAUUGGUUCUCUUAAUGUUGAACAGAAGAAGAGAGUGACUAUCGGUGUCGAGCUAGCUGCGAAACCCAGUCUUCUCCUAUUCCUUGACGAGCCCACCAGUGGUCUGGACAGUCAGGCAGCCUUCUCAAUCGUGAGAUUCCUGAAGAAGCUCUCCCAGGCGGGACAGGCCAUUGUGUGCACAAUUCACCAGCCGUCAUCCAUGCUGAUUCAGCAGUUCGACAUGGUCUUAGCCCUUAACCCUGGCGGAAACACUUUCUAUUUCGGCCCUAUUGGCCCCGAAGGUCGCGAUGUGAUUAAGUAUUUUUCUGACCGCGGCGUCGUCUGCCCACCAUCGAAGAAUGUCGCAGAGUUUAUCCUCGAAACAGCAGCGAAGGCGACUAAGAAGGAUGGUAGAUCCAUUGAUUGGAAUGAAGAGUGGCGCAACUCUGAAGAGAGCCGCCGCAUUCUGGACGAAAUUCAGCAGAUUAGGGAAGAACGUAGCAAGAUUCCAGUUGCCGAGAAGGGCGUCGAAUACGAGUUUGCUGCUCCUACGUGGACGCAGACUGUCCUACUGACCGAAAGGCUCUUCAGACAGUACUGGAGAGAUCCAUCGUACUAUUAUGGAAAGCUCUUCGUCAGUGUCAUCAUUGGUAUUUUCAACGGAUUCACCUUCUGGAUGCUCGACAACUCCAUCAGUAGCAUGCAAAAUCGCAUGUUCUCCAUCUUCUUGAUCAUUCUUAUCCCUCCCAUUGUCCUGAACAGUAUCGUCCCCAAGUUCUAUAUCAACCGCGCCCUUUGGGAAGCUCGUGAAUAUCCUAGCCGUAUCUACGGAUGGUUCGCCUUCUGCACGGCAAACGUCGUUUGUGAGAUUCCGAUGGCAAUCGUUUCCGCCUUGAUCUAUUGGCUGCUCUGGUACUACCCAGUCGGCUUCCCCACGGACUCGAGCAGCGCUGGAUACGUCUUCCUUAUGUCGAUGCUUUUCUUCCUCUUCCAGGCCAGCUGGGGUCAAUGGAUUUGUGCCUUCGCCCCGUCGUUCACCGUGAUUUCCAACGUCCUUCCCUUCUUCUUUGUCAUGGUCAAUCUGUUCAACGGUAUCGUUCGUCCAUACAAAGACUACCCAGUCUUCUGGAAAUACUGGAUGUACUAUGUCAACCCGGUGACCUGGUGGCUCCGAGGCGUGAUCUCAAGCGUUUUCCCCUCUGUCCACAUCGAAUGUGCCUCGAAGGAAGCCACCCACUUCAAUCCUCCCCCAGGCUCCACCUGCCAACAGUACGCAGGAAACUUCGUCUCCAAUAUCGCUGGAGUGGGAUACUUGGUCAACCCGGACGCCACGGAAGACUGCCAAUACUGCCCCUUCGCUAACGGCACAGAAUACAUGAACACGCUUAACGUCCACGAUGGCGAUAAGUGGCGGUGCUUUGGUAUCUUCCUGGCCUUUGUGAUUAUCAACUGGGCGUUGGUUUAUUUCUUCAUCUACACUGUCCGCGUCCGGGGAUGGUCCUUCGGAAUGGGAUACCUCUUCGGCGGACUCGGUAUGAUCAUUGAUGGUGUGAAAAAGGUCUUCUCCAAGAAGUCCGAAAAGGAACAGAAUUAGAUGGUGGUUGGUGUUCU